AUGACUUCAACAAAUGGACAACAUUCACAACAACAACAACAGCAACCAGGAUACAAUAUUGCCACUGCUUCAUCACCAGCUUCAGCUACUGCUGCUGCUGCCGCACCAACUACCAAUACAUCACCUACAACUGCUCCUGGUAUAGUGGAUUCAACAUCGUCUCACACUACUGCUACUUCUGGUGCCACUGCAACCGUCACAUCACAAACAGUUAUUGGCUCACAGCCCACUUCAACGACGUUAACUUCAGACCCAUCUACUGCAUUCCAUCAUCACAAUCAAGAAUUCAGACAAGUGUGCUUCAACCAGUCUAUAGUUGCUAGCAGUGGACUCGCUGCUGCGACAGCCACCGCCACCAACAAUACAGCUACUGCCACUACUAACAACACUUCAUCCAUUAAACGCAACUCUCCAACAUCUAAUGAUUCUUCCAAACGCAUAAGACUAGAUACAACAAACAACAAUGCCAACCCUAUUCUCACUUCCACUAAACCACCUAAAUUUGUUCGCAAAUAUAGAUCAAGAUCAUUACCAAUCAUUAGUUUCAAUACCUCAAGUGCAUUUUAUCCUCAUCUCAGACAAAAGAAACACCAUCAUCAUCAUCAUAACCAACAACAACAGCAGCAGCAACAUAAUCACAACCAAGAUCAAAACCAGAAUAUUUUCAAUACUAAUUCAACUUUUGCAUCUUCACAUUCAUCAGUAAACAAUACUUCAUUCAUGUCUAAUACUGCUGCUAGUUCGAGUUCCAAUACCAUUCCAUCCCUUCCGCCAAUCAACCUUCAAUCGUUAAAAGAAAUUGAUUUGCACGAAAUAUUGAAGAACCCACAACUAAGACACGAUAUUUUAUUUGAUCCACAAUUACAAUUUAGACCUAAUUUGGAUGGUGAACGCGGCAAACGGAAGAAAUCUAUUAUUGAUAAAUAUUGGUUAGAAGUGCGGAAAGAAUGUCAAGGAUUUUUCAACCAAAAAGUAAAACCUGAAGAAAUAAAAAUCCAUCGGUUACCUAUAUUAUUUACUACAUUAAGAGAUAUUUUAUUGUCGUUAUUGCCAACUAAAGAUCGUCAACAAGUGAGUGAAAUUAUGGAUAUUGAAUUAUUGGUACAACAAUUGAAACAUGGAUCAUUUGAUUUUGUAGAAAUGAGUCAAUGGUUAGGUGAUGUUUUCAAACUGCAUUGUGCACCAAUGAGAGAUCAAUGGGUGGUGGAAAUGAUUGAAAAAUUUGUUGAUGCUUAUAAUUACAAUAAUGUUUCAUAUUUGGUUAAUGGAUUGAGAAUGAUUUUCCAAAUUUUGGAAGCAAUGAAAUUAGAUGUUGCCAAUCAUCAAAUUCGAAUUUUGCGUCCAGUUUUAAUUGAAACUGCAGUAGAUUUUGAAAGAGAUUAUUUUCAAACUUUAAUCAAUCAUUCAAAAAUAAACAUUCACGAUUCAUUAAAUUGGUUUUAUAAGAAUUUUGUCAAGAAAUUUGAUAGUAUCCAACAACAACAACAACCAUCUGGAGGUGCCAUUGAAAGUCCUGCUAAGAAAUUAUCCACCUUACACCAAGAUGCUAUUAAUAACACCAAUUUGAAACCAAUAAUAAUAUCAUCAGUUAUUGAUUUAUUGAGUUGUCGACAAAUGGCUAGUGAAUUUCCUUCAACAUUAGCUUUCGAUCAUACGAGAUUGGUAUUAUUGAGAGCUGAUGCCCGUCAAUUAGUUUGUAUUCAAUUAUGUGUGGUAUUGUAUAAACAAUUGGUGAUUAAUGCCAAAGUCUCAACCAAUUUAUUAUCUGCAAAAAAUAUUGCCAAAGUUCAACAAGAAAUUUUAGCAAUUGUUACUGAUGAUAAUGGGAAUAUCAAAUGGACGAAAAAUAUAUCGGCUAUUUCAUUACAAUUGGUGAAGAAUUUAUAUCCUAAUGAAUCAAAUAUUAAUGUAUCAGAUCCAUCAAUCAAAAGCUUAGUACAAUUUAGUCAUAAUUGGUUAAUGAAACAUAUGCAACCAAAUUCUCAAGUUUAUGGCUUGAUGGAAAUUAAAGUUUUCAAAGAAUUAUUAGCAGAGAUUUCAGUACUUGUUGAAAAUGACGAUUUAAUAAGUGACAACAGUAACAUCACCAUCAAUAGUAAUGUGACUAGUACUACUACUACCGCCAAUGUAACUACAAACACUAGCACUAGUACUACCACUAGCACAACUUCAAAUAGUAAUGAAUUGAAGAAUAUUGCUACAAGAAUAGCUACAUUGGUUAAGUUUCAUUGGAAUGUUUUUGGUGGUUAUUACAUUGAUUAUAUCAAAUCUCAACGAUCAAAAUUACAACAAGAACAAGACAAUUCUACAAUGUUACCAACCAUGAUGGAAGAUGGUGAUGACAGUAAUGAUGUUAGUUCGAAGAAGAAAAAUGAUGAUAAUAAAGCCAAUAAUACUAAUCCAACAUCUCAUCGUGGUGGUGAAAAUAAUUCAAACAUUGAUAAUACUACUUCAGCCCCAUUAAGUAUGUUAUCAUGA